AUGUUCCCACAAAAUGUAAUGGAACUGAAGUUAUCUAUUCACCACAAGAAUAUAACUUGAUGAAUAACCUCACUAUCUACGUAUUCAAGACAUUUCGUACCUAUUACUAUGGAGAAUAUGAAAUUCUUUCAAACUAUUCUGUAAAAACUUGUCAAACGUUUGUGGUAAAGUUUGUCAAAAGAAUUCGUGAAGUGCACAACGAAGCCCUUGGAUAUAUUACAUUUGUCUUUUUUCUUAUCUCCAUAAUUUUCUUGACAUUUCUUCUCGUCACCUACAUCAUAUUCCCUCAACUACGUACUUUGCCAGGUAAAAACAUAAUGAACUUCGCCUUUACUUUGCUAUUGUUUGAAAUAUUCUGGCUCCCCACAAACUUUACCAAGGUAACUGACAACGAAAAUAUCUGUAAAGCAUUUGCAAUCAUCGAACAUUAUUUUCUACUGGCGUCUUUCUUCAGCAUGGUUGUCAUUGCUCAUCAUACCCGAAAGGUGUUUGGAAAAAACCUCCCUGCACCAAAAAUGUCGCCGGGACACGAACGAAAGCUGUUUUACGCGUAUUUGUGCUUAGUAUGGAUCAUUCCUGCCUUGUUUAUCGCAAUUUGUGUCGUCCUCGACAGCGAAGAAAUAAUAAAUUUGGGUUAUGGAGAGACGGAUAUUUGCUGGUUAACGGGAACAAAUUCCUACGUUUAUUUUGUAACGAUACCUGUGAUACUCAUGCUGAUGUUUAAUGUCGUGGAAUUUGUGAGAACCGCUAUACAACUUCGUAAACACGCCCAGAAUCAAGCAGGUCUAACUGCAAGUGGAAAACGAUCUUCAAAUCUCAGCAUCUACAUUCGUCUUUCAACCUUGAUGGGUUUUACAUGGCUAUUUGGUCUCCUGGGUCAAGUGGUGACGUCAACAUCUGUGUUUUACUAUCUUUUUGUUAUAUUUACAUCAUUAGAAGGUUUUUUUGUAGCAUGGGCCUUUGUUUUGAACGCUAAAACUCUAAAUUUGUAUAGACAUCGCUUCAGAAACACGGAUAAAACUUCGAGCAGCAGUAAUAUUACCGCAAAGAAAUCGUUGCCCAAAUCUGAUCACAACGACACAAAACUGUAAAAUAUUGUCCACAUCGUAAUCAUCCAUUGUCAUCAUUACAGAUUAUACAUAAUAUAAAUCCUGAUAUAAAUCUUGAUAUAAAUCCUAAUCGUAAUCCAUUGUCAUUAUAAUAAUAAUGAACAAGUAUUCAACGCUCACAGAGA